UGACCCGAGAUACACUCCGUGGUUUAAAAAAAAUAAAUUUAAUUUAAUUAAAAAACAUUUGAAAAAAAAAAUAACGAAAAAUGUGGAAAGAAAUUGUCGUGAUUGCAGCCUUGUGUUAUUUUGUGUAUUCAGCACCUCAGGCUCCCGAAGGAUAUGAGCCGUACGAAUACCAGUACGAGGUAAAAGAUGCCGAGAAACAACUUUUCUUCGACAAAAAUGAACUUGGAGAUGGCACAGGCAAAGUCACGGGACGCUAUUCCGUUUGGUUACCCGAUGGCAGACUCAUGACAGUCGAUUACACUGUCGACAAGGAAAGCGGAUAUGUACCCAAAGUCUCGUUCCAAGAUAACGCCAACCCCUUGGGCUAAAUUUUAUCGACACAAAAAAAAAAUCGCAGCAGACAAGAGAGACGAGUCAUAUCAAAUACCACAAAAAUUGAGAGUUUGAGUGCCUUGACAACAUCCAAGUGUAUAUUUUUUUUAGAUGCCAUUAGUGAUAUUUUCCGAUAUUCUCAAAAAAAAAAAAAUAAAUUAUUAAAGUUCACUUACCUUCUUGU